AUGCGCGAUCAGAGCGCCCCCACCAUCACUGACGCCGAUCGUCUACUCAAGGAGCGCUUCGGCCACGACGAGUUUCGCCCCGGCCAACGUCGCGUUAUCGAGCACAUACUCGCUACUGCGGCCACUCCAUCAUCCCCGGAUAUCUCCCACCACAGAGCAGGUCGCGCGCUCGCCAUCUUUCCCACGGGCGCGGGCAAAAGCCUCUGCUACCAACUCCCAGGUCUCUUGUUUCAGGAUGGGUUGACCCUCAUCGUCUCCCCUUUAAUGGCGCUCAUGAAGGAUCAGACGGACUCCAUGGUUCAGAAAGGCUUGUCGGCUGCUUGUCUGGAUUCGUCACUCACCGCGUCUGAGACGCGGGACCUCUUCCAGCGGGUACGCGACGAUGAUUUGCGCAUCCUGUUUGUGUCUCCCGAACGCUUUAAGAAUAGUCGCUUCCUCAGACUUAUCCAGAAUACUCGUAUUGCGCUGUUUGCUGUCGAUGAGGCCCACUGCAUUUCGGAAUGGGGUCACUCCUUUCGCCCAGACUACCUCCGUCUCUCGCGUUGGGCGGACAGACUCAACUGUCAACGAAGGCUAGCUCUAACCGCCACAGCUACACCACGUGUCGCUGAGGAUAUAUGUGCGGCAUUGAAUAUUCCUUUCCCCUCUGCACAAGUGCGCCUUGCCUCCGUCCGCAGAAACCUCACAUUGCGCGUCUCUUCCAUCCCACCGGCCCCGCACGAUGGAUACCAGUCUCUUACAGACAAGCUACAAACUCGGAUGGAUGUGUUGGUGGAACGCUUGCGCUCGCGCGACCCUGGACCAACUAUUAUCUAUGUUACUUUACAGGCGACUGCGACAUUUGUUGCCAGCGAGCUGCGAAGGCAUGGAUUCAUCCAGGCCGCCUCUUACCAUGCAGGUAUGAGGCAAGACGACCGUAAACAGGUCCAGGACGACUUCAUGGCGAACAAGAAGGAUGCAAUAGUUGCGGCAACUAUAGCGUUUGGGAUGGGCAUGGAUCAUUCUGGCAUUCGCUACGUGUACCAUUUCAAUAUGCCGAAGUCUCUUGAGGGGUACAUUCAGGAAAUUGGCCGUGCUGGCCGAGAUAGCCAGCAGUCUAUUUGCGAGACACUAGCCUGUGUUGAUGAUCUCCCAGCUUUGGAAGGCUUUGCGUACGCGGAGACGCCAGCUCUAUCUUCUGUGUGCGAUCUUAUGAAUCAUUUGCUUGGUGAUGUCAAAGAGGGGCAGUAUAUUGAGUAUAGUACUUACGAUCUAUGCUACCAAUUUGACAUCCGCGAAACGACUCUCGGUCAAAUUCUGGCCCAACUUGACCUGGCAGAGAACGUGCUCGAGGAAAGCACACCAUUUUUCGCCGAAUUAUCGUGCCGUUUACCCCCAGCUUCAGCGAGGAGGAUACCCCCGUUGGGUUCUGAGGCCAGAAAGGUUUGGGAUUUCGGAAAGAUGGGGAGACUAAAUCUAGGGAUUGAUGUCUUGAAAGUUGCAAAGGAACUGGAUAUACAAUACGGUCGCGUAUCAAGGCUAUGUGAUGAUAUGGUCAACGAGGGAUACCUGGAGAAUAUCAAUUCCAGGAAACUAAUGCAUCGCGCUCUCAUCACAUCUCAACCCACUGACCUUGGCGCUGUCUCUCGACGGUUGCAUGCCAAACUACUUUGCACUCAGAAACAGCAACUGAAACGUAUUAGUCAGGUUGUUGAUUAUUUAAGUGCCAACGAAUGUCAAAGCGCUUAUCUUCAACAUCAUCUCGGUGAUGAGGUCGAGUCUGGUCGAUGCGGGCACUGCGAAUUUUGUCUUAACGAUGGAAAUCAGCCUGUAAAAAUUUCCGAAGCUGUACGGGAGCGCGUGGGAAAGACUCUAGAUGAGAGACGUUGGGCGCUCAUACAACAAGCGGCAAUCCCAAAGGAUAACGCUCUUUUAAUGGCAAGGUUUGCUGCCGGUGUUUCAUCACCAGUGAUCUCCAGAAAAUAUCGCAAGAUGGGAAAUUUUGGAUCCAUGUCGGACCAUGCCUUCACAACUCUACUGACCGCGGCGAAAAAAGAAUGCGGCGAGACGUAGUCCUACUUCGUCCUUGGAUGUGGAUACAUUAGGCUUGAAUUGGAGUGAAUUGUGUGACUGCGGAAUACAAUACCGUUUUGUCCGAGCAGAGUCUGAAUUUUGUUCGCCUUGCUUGCGUCAGACUCACUUCGAUAUGUUAAAAUCUCAGAUUAAACUUGACUUCAGGAGGA